UUCACUCUCAUUGUCCCGAACUGAACCAUCACAUGAUUUGCAUAUUGUGAGUACUGUACUGUACUGUAUCCAUUCGGCGCCUGCGCUACUUCCUUAAAGCCGACGUCACACCCCAGCAUGGCGGUCAAGGUGCAAAUGACAAAAAGAGCCGACCCCCAUGAGUUAAAGGCAGUUUUUCUCAAGUAUGCCAGCGCUGUGGAGGAUGGCGAGCAUUACAUGACCCCCAACGACUUUGUGCAGCGUUACCUCGCUCUCCAAACACAGCCCCAACAUAAUCCCAAAACCGUGGACCUGAUCGCCGGAGUGGCUGAUACCACCAAAGAUGGGUUGAUCUCAUUCCAGGAGUUUUUGGCCUUUGAAUCGGUUCUAUGCGCCCCGGACGCCCUGUUCAUUGUUGCUUUCCAGCUCUUUGAUAAAACUGGCACUGGGGACAUUUCUUUUGCAAAUGUACGUGACAUCUUCAGCCAGACGGCAGUCCAUCAUCACAUUCCCUUCAACUGGGACUGCGAGUUCAUCAGGCUACACUUUGGCCAUGACAGAAGCAAGAAGCUCAGCUACACAGAAUUCACCCAGUUUCUACAGGAGCUGCAGCUGGAGCACGCCCGCCAGGCGUUCGCCCAGAAAGACAAAGGGAAAAGUGGCACCAUCACGGCUUUGGACUUCAGCGACAUCAUGGCCACCAUCAGGCAUCACAUGCUGACUCCAUUUGUGGAGGAGAAUCUGGUUUCUGCGGCUGGAGGCAGCACCUCCCACAUGGUGAGCUUCUCCUACUUCAACGCCUUUAACGCCCUGCUCAACAACAUGGAGCUGAUCCGCAAGAUUUACAGCACCCUCGUCAACACAUACAAAGACAAGCUGGUAACCAAAGAGGAGUUUGCCCACGCUGCCAAUAAGUUUGGUCAGAUCACGCCAAUGGAAAUCGACAUCCUCUUCCAACUAGCCGGUCUCCACACUCACUCGGGGCGUCUCAAUCACAGUGACAUCGAAAGGAUAGCCCCACUGGAAGAAGGAGGCAUGCCUUACCGCCUCGCCGAGGCCCAGAGACAGCAUACCCCUGAUUCCUCCCGGCCCAUCUGGCUCCAGGUUGCGGAGUCUGCCUACAGGUUUACUCUGGGCUCAAUUGCUGGAGCCACCGGUGCCACAGCUGUGUAUCCCAUCGACCUGGUCAAGACUCGCAUGCAGAACCAGCGCUCCACGGGCUCCUUGGUGGGCGAGCUCAUGUACAAGAACAGCUUCGACUGUGCCAAGAAAGUACUGCGCUACGAGGGCUUCUUCGGAUUCUACCGAGGUCUCCUCCCGCAGCUCAUCGGCGUGGCCCCGGAGAAAGCCAUCAAACUCACGAUGAAUGAUUUAGUCAGAGACAAGUUCACCCAACAAGAUGGUUCCAUCCCUCUGGCUGGUGAAAUCCUAGCUGGUGGAUGCGCCGGAGGCUCCCAGGUGAUUUUCACCAACCCUCUAGAGAUUGUCAAGAUCCGCCUGCAGGUGGCCGGCGAGAUCACCACGGGCCCCAGGGUCAGCGCCCUCAAUGUCUUACGAGAACUGGGCUUCUUUGGCCUCUACAAGGGUGCUAAAGCGUGCUUCCUGAGGGACAUCCCCUUUUCGGCCAUCUACUUCCCUGCCUACGCACACACCAAACAGAUGCUUGCAGACGACACGGGAAAAGUGGGAGCGCUCCAGCUGCUCACCGCUGGAGCCAUUGCAGGUGUACCGGCAGCAUCGCUGGUGACCCCCGCUGAUGUCAUCAAGACCAGGCUGCAGGUGGCGGCCCGAGCGGGCCAGACCACAUACAACGGAGUCAUCGACUGCUUAAGGAAGAUCCUCAAGGAGGAAGGCUUCACGGCCUUGUGGAAGGGUGCCGGAGCUCGAGUCUUACGAUCAUCACCGCAGUUUGGAGUCACCCUGGUGACCUACGAACUCCUGCAAAGAUGGUUUAAAGUCGACUUUGGUGGCCACCAGCCGCAGGGAUCGGAGCCCACCCUCGCCCCUAAAUUGGAGGACCUUCCUCCGGUCAGUGCCGACCACGUGGGCGGAUAUCGUCUGGCGGCCGCCACAUUUACCGGCGUGGAGCGAAAGUUCGGCCUUCAUCUGCCCAAAUUUCAAGCGUCUGGCGAGGUGGUCGCCAAAGUGUAAGCACUGUGAGCUGGUACGUGGCUCCAAGAGAUACCGUGAAAAUGCUGCAUGGGUCAUAGCUUUUUUUGGUGUUUAUUUUUGCAAGGCUUGCACAACUUGUACAUACUGUACUUCUUUUUAGAGGAACAUUAUGACAUUGCAAAGGAUUGUUACUGAAUUUUUAUCGGAUGCCAAAGCGCUUGGGUGAUGUCGGUGCAUGUGUCUGCUAUGUACAGUUAUCAAAUUGUGUAUUUUCAUCCGGGGCAAUCAUUUUAAAUGUAUUUAUUUUAUUGGAAUAAAUGGUUACAAACUGUU